UGUUUUAGUUAGCAGCUUCUUUGAUGCCAACUGAAGUAAAACCAGGUGUUGCCAUGAUGACCGUAACAGGUUUAUUAACUGUUAAAAAUAAUAAAUAUAUUUUAAAGCCUUUGAUACAAUCAAAUCAAUCUAAAAAAAGGAAAAAUGAAGAAGAAUAUGGCUAUCCUUCCAAUUAUGCCUGGGGAACAUUAGAUGUGCCUCAUUUUUCCCAAAAAUUAACAAAGGCUGGAUUUGCAGAUGUAAAACUUGAAGAAAGUCCUAAUGGCUAUAUUGUUCAUAUGGUGAGUAAUACAAUACAUUUUUUUUUCUUAUAACUAGACUUUCA